UGCAGAUCUUACAUGUCAGAUAGAUAGGAGGGAGUGGGAAGGGGGGUACGCGAGAGAGACUGGGGGGCCCAACACUCACAGAGGGAUGGAGAGCCGGUCUGCAGAGGAAGAAGAAGAAGAAGAGGGCUGAUCUGACUAAGACUGACUCUUUUCUUUCUAACUUGGAGCCUCACGAGUCUGCAGAUGCAACCUGUCUGUCAUCCCCAUCCGUCCCAGUAAUCCCAUUCUGUGUUGCAGCGUUUCUUCAAGGCAGCAGAGGGGACUACAAUGACAACCUGGUGAAUGCACACGGAGAGAUGGAGUAAAGCAAUAAGCACCUCGCAGGAUGCGCAUCAUCCACAGCCCGACAAGGAAGAAGAAGAAGGUAGUAGAGCAACCUGCUGGCUGUUUUUCUCACACCGUCGCAUGUCAGAGGAGAUUUUCCGCGGUGGUGCUGUUGUGGAUUGAUCGUUUCCUCCAUCGCCCUCCUGGUGGUGUCGGUGUAUGAUGGAGAGCUCCAAUGGCUCUGGCAGCGACACCAAACCGCAGAACCAGAACCACCAGUUGGAGAAGAAGAGACUGAACCGAGUGCCUUCUCCGGCCAGACCUUUCCUCAAGGAUGUGCACUCUCGCUGCUCCACCAAGCCACCUGCCAUCGUACCCAAAUCACCCAAAUUCAACAAGCAGCAGCAGCAGUCCUCCUCGGUGCCCUUGGCCCAUCCGAACCGCAGCUCCAGACGCAACACGACCGGAGCGAAGGAGAAACCAUCAGCCACCACGGCGAGAAGUAAGACCUCUGUGGCGAAGAAGCCCACCAAGGUGCUCCAGCAUGCAGCAGCAGCCGGCAGCAUCAAGCCGGACAGCAGCUCCACCAGCAGCAGUCCUGUCCUCGCUAAAGGCAAGAAGGGGAGACUAGGCUCCUCGGGGUCCCCCCAGGGCCCUCUCAGCCAUGGAUCCCCGAUCCGGGUACCCACCGGAGCAGCGCCUCUUCUCGGCUCUUCUCGGGUCAGCCAGACUGACAGCAGCUCCGACCUGUCCGACUGUCCGUCCGAGCCGCUGUCGGACGAGCAGAAGCUGGCACCGGCCGCUAGUAGCGACGCCGAGUCCGGCACCGGCUCCAGUGACAGGGAUCAGGUGGGAGGCGAUAAUCCGCUGACUGGAGCGGCUACCGGAGCUCCUCCUGCUGCUGCUGCUACCGGAGCUGCUGGUGCUCCUCUGCGCACAAGCGACGCUUCCUCCGCCGCCGCCAAGGGAAGCAGCAGCAGCAUGAUGUCUCAGGCUCAGCAUGGAGAGAAACACAAGCAGGAGAAACCCUCAUCAGGAGCACAAUUCCGACUGCCAGGCACCAAGGAUGUAACUGAGGAGGAGCUGCUGCGGGAGGUGGAGGAUCUGAGAUCUGAAAACGACUACCUCAAGGAUGAAGUGGACGAGCUGCGGGCGGAGAUGGAGGAGGUGCGAGACAGCUACCUGGAGGAGGAGGUCUACCAGCUGCAGGAGCUGCGGAGAGACCUGGACCGCUCCAACAAGAACUGCCGCAUCCUGCAAUACCGCCUACGAAAGGCCGAGCAGAAGAGCCUGCGGGUCGCACAGACCGGCCACGUGGACGGAGAUAUGCUCCGGAGUCUGGAGCAGGACCUCAAGGUGGCCAAAGACGUGUCGGUGCGUUUGCACAACGAGUUGGAGAGCGUGGAGGACAAACGCAGCCGAGCCGAGGAUGAGAACGAGCUGCUCAGACAGAAGAUCAUCGAGGUGGAGAUCUCCAAACAGGCGCUGCACAACGAGCUGGAGAGGACCAAAGAGACUGCACUGAGGAGACGAGGAAGCAGGGAAGCAUUUAAAGACAAGAAGUCUACAAGUCAGGAGGACAGUGCAGACCUCAGGUGCCAGCUCCAGUUUUCCAAAGAGGAGUCCGGCCUGAUGAGAAAAAAGAUGGCGAAGCUGGGCCGGGAGAAGGACGAACUGGAGCAGGAGCUGCAGAAGUACAAGUCAGUUUACGGGGACGUGGACAGUCCCCUUCCCCUGGCCGAGUGCUCCGGCGGCGGUCCUCACACCACUCGAGAGGCGGAGCUGCGUUUACGGCUCAAGCUGGUGGAGGAGGAGGCGAACAUCCUGGGCAGGAAGAUUGUGGAGCUGGAAGUGGAGAACCGCAGCCUGCGGGCGGAAAACGAAGACAUCCGCUGUCAGUAUGAAAGAGACUGCUUUGGGCGGGAACCCUUCUCCAGCAUGCCCUCGUCGCCGUACGGUGGUGAUGCGCUGGAUUCGGCAAGUGAGCUACGUCGCCAUCUACAAUUUGUGGAGGAGGAGGCGGAGCUGCUGCGCCGCUCCAUCUCUGAGAUUGAGGACCACAACAGGCAGCUGACAUCCGAACUGAAUCGCUUCAAGUUCGGCCCGAGCAGCAGCAUCUCUGUUGGCGAGGAGGGUAGCGAGGGAGGAUUAUUUAAACCUGGUAAUGGGGGGAACGGCAGCGGGAUGAUGGUGGAGGAGCUUAAAUCAGCCAGGAUGCAGAUCAAUGAGCUGAGUGGAAAGGUGAUGAAGCUUCAGUACGAGAACCGAGUCCUCAUGUCCAACGUCCAGCGCUGUGACCUGGCUGCACACCUGGGCCUGCGCACCGGCAGCCCUCGAGACAGCGACGCAGAGAGCGACGCUGGCCGGCGAGAAGCCGCUGAGGAAGAGGAGGCAGGGCGCCUUAUUCUCCUCCACCCCAAGAGGGAGGGCCCCAUUGGGGGCGAGAGCGACUCCGAAGACCUGUUUGAGAAAACGGCAACCACCUCAGGGUUCGGAAGCAUCAAACCCUCAGACGGCAGCGAGCUCAGCGCCACCGAACUGGCCAACCGCAGGAGGGAAGAACGGGAGUCGUUCACUAACGUGAAACGCGAGGCGGACAGGCUCGGGAAGACGGUGGACCGGCUGAUCACGGACACCGACAGUCUGAUCUUUGAGGGCAGGCUGCUGGUGACGACAGGAGAGAGCCCGGAAGGAGAGGAGGAGUCUGGAUCCAAACCAGACACGCAGGUCCUGGACACCAUCAACACUCGCAUGAAGGCCUUCCGCACGGAGCUGCACAUCUUCAUGGAGAAGCUGGACCAUGUAGGGGAGGGGCUGAGAGAAAGGACGGACGAUCUGUCGCCCAUGCCGAACCUCACAGAGUCCAGCAGCUUCCUGUCCACAGUCACCUCCAUGUCCCGGGAUUCUCCCAUUGGCACCUUUGGACGAGACCUGGUGACGGACUUCCAGUCCGGUCAGAGGGAUGAGCUGGAGUGGCGUCUAGGACAGGAGCGAGGCGUGGAGCCCCAGAGCCAGGCCCAGAGCAGGGGAGCCACGGGACUCACUAGAUACCACAGGCCCCUGGCUUUAAGAGCAGAGCUCCGGGACACGUCUGCUUCUGACAUCCAGUUUCGUCUGGAUCACGAACGAAGGCUGAGAGCGGCGACGGAGGAGCGGGAAGCUGCCGUUUCUCUGCCUCAGCAGGAAGACGAGCGUCUGCGUCUGGAGGCCCACCGUGGCGGUCUGGAGCUGCAGGGACUUCAGACUCAUGAGGUGCCCUGGCCUCAGGAGAGAGCCAUGCUGCAACAAGAGGUCCGCCUCUUCAGACGCAACACCAUCGUCUUCUACAUGAAGCUCAGGUGGAUCCUCACGCACUGGAGGCUCGGCCACAAGGACGACUCCGGAGAGGAGACGGUGCAACCGGAGUUUGAGAAGUUGGAGGGCAUCCCAGAGCUGGGAGUGAUCAUGGAGCAGGCGGAGGCGGAGGCGGAUCGAGACGACAGACUGUGUUUGCCACAAACUCCAGGGGACGUCCCCGACCCCGGUCCCAUCAUCCCUCUGCCGUCACCUGAUCGACACCUGCAGCAUCACAGACAGUUCGGGGAGAACCGGCAUGUGCUGCAGGCCCUGCGGACGCUGCUGGAGGAGUUUCGAGAGGAGCUGCGGGAGGAGGAGACGCGGCGAUGCCAACUGCAGCAGUCCUACGCCAAUGACAAAGCUGCCUGGGAGGUCAAGUGGGCAGAGAUGAAGUGCCAGUUCGCCCAGCUGGAGGAAGAGGCACAAGGCAAGGUGCGAGGUGAAGCUCAGGGAGGUGAAGGGGAACCUGACGAAGACCCCGAGUGGGCCAUGAACCUGGAGCGCGAGGAGCACCGGCGCCUGCUGGCCGACAGCCACAGCACAUCCCUGGACCUCCGCUGGAAGCUGCAGAGCGGAGAGAACAGGUGGGGCCGUGAGAGGGGCGAACUGAUGGAGCGCUUCGACCGGGAACGGCAGGAGUGGGACGGCAGCAUGAGGGAGCUCCACCGCAAGAUGGAGAGGAUGCAGAGAGAGCUGAACACGAGGCAAGGCGAGGGCAUCGACGUCAAGGAUGGUGGCUCGGACCACAGAGGCGUGUUCUCUCCUCAGGACAGUCCCUGCAACGCCCCCCGGUCACCGCGCUCGCCACGCUCGUCGCGCUCCCCCUGCACGUCCACCCCAAUCCCCGCUCCCCCCAUGCGCUCCCACUCUGACUCUGAGGCCAUGCUGGAAGAGCAGGGGGCUGCGAUGAGGCUGAAAGGCCCGACGGAGAACCUGUUCUUGGACGCGCUGUCUCUGGACCCCCACAGUGGCCUGGAGGUCCCUCCACCCUCCAGACUGGAUAGUGAGAAGAGGUUCCCCUGCAUGAAGGAGGCCCUGAAUGAGAUUUCGGAGAGAGAAGAUGAUCCUGCGAACCCAGAGGACGAGAUGGGCGGCGGGAGUCUGUUCAGAGCCAAGUCCGUGUGCUCCAUGAGCGACUUCCAGCGGUUAAUGGACAGCUCGCCCUUCCUCCCCGACAAGACUCGCCACGGUGAUCUGGGCCAAGACGACGUCACCCCGCCUCUUUCCCCGGACGACCUCAAGUACAUCGAGGAGUUCAACAAUAAGGGCUGGGACUUCCCAUCAUCCGCCUCCGGCGUGGAUCCUGCCCAGGAAGUGUGGACAGACAAGCCCCCCGAAGCCCGCGGAGGGGAGCUCCUUCUUGAACCAUUCCAGCCCCCCUCCUGGUUCCUCACCACCAGCGCCACCCUGACCACCAGCACCCUGAGCAGCCCCGAGCACUGCCACAAGUCCCCGCUGAGGGGCAACGGAGCAGGGGCAGCAGGGGUGGGACUGGUUCACAUGCUCCACAGCCCCACCAGACACGGGGCAGCCGAGCGCCCUACUGCCCAAGACCCGGAAUUCCUGUUCGCCAAAGGGACCAAAGCCAGGGGCGGCGGAGAGGCUGGGGUGGGAGCCAGCGGGUCAGAUGAGGUGUUUAGCACUGGGAGGUGGGCAUGUGGGCUCCUGGAUGGCGGGGGGUUGAGGACUUCUCCUAGCCAGUCUCCUAUCUGCCCCACGGUGGGCUACACCUCCUCUCUGGAGCUUCAGCUCUCCAGAAACAUGAGUGAUGACAUGAAGGAGGUGGCCAUCUCUGUGAGGAACGCCAUCCGCUCACCGCCAGGGCCCGUCGUCCGGGACAACGCCUGCCAGACCAACGGAUUCACCACGCGAGGCACUCAGACCACCCAGACCAUCAGUGUGGGUCUCCAAACGGACCUGUUGAGGAACCUGACCAGCAGCCCCCACCGCUGCCUCACCCCGAAAGGUGGCAGCACGCCUAUUUCCUCCCCGUCACGCAGCCUGAGGAAGGUUCAGUACUCUCCUGUGAUCCAGAGUAAAUUUGAGCGACCCUGCUGCUCACCAAAGUACGGCUCGCCCAAGCUUCAGCGCAAACUGUCCACAUCCAACAAGGCCGAGGUACCCAACACCGUCCGCGCUCCAACACCCACCACGCCGCAGAAGGGCAACAGUGAGUCGGCGUGGGCCCGCUCCACCACCACCCGCGACAGCCCCGUCCAUACCACCAUCAACGACGGCCUCUCCAGCCUCUUCAACAUCAUCGACCACACCCCCGUGGGCUACGAGGCCAUGCAGAAGUUCAACAAGUCCCCCAGUCGCUCUCGCCCCACCCCUCCCUCCACCACCGAGCCCAGCCCCGCUCACGGGGCCCUCGCCACCGACCCCAGGAGCGAGUGCUUGCGGAUAGCACGCGGGCGUUCACCCAGCCCCGUGCAGCUGAUAGUGGAGACGCAGGGAGACAAAAACGCAGAGGUGGUGAGCAUACGGCAGGACCUGUCGGCCCCGCCGGGCUACACGCUGGCUGAAAACGCCGCCCGCAUCCUUAAUAAGAAGAUGCAGGAGCAGAACUUCAGGGAGGAGAGGCGGCUGCAGGCCGGAGGACCGAGCAGAGACAGCAGCAGGCCGGCCGACUCAGACAGAGGACAGUCUGGAUGUAUGGAGGACCUGCCUCGCUCUCCGGUGGCUCCACCCCUGGACUCCUGCUUCCUGCGACCGGCCCGCCCGGCCAACCGCCGCCCCCCCCUCGCGCUGGGCCGCCCGCUCCCCUUCCUCCUCCCCCAAGUGGAGCGAGGGCACGAAGAGGAGGUUCACCUUCCCGCCGCCGGGAUACCGGAAGACCAUCCUGGAGGGCGAGGAGCCAGCGUGAGGCCUUCCUCUACCUCCUCUCACCCUCCUCCACCUCAGCCUAAAAGACCCAGUACCUCAGAACCCCCCCCCCCCCCAGAUCUAGAGACUCCCGAGAGACGGAGCCUGACGGGGGGGUUGGGAUCCACCCAGUAGCACCAGCUGACCAUCGAGGAACCAGAACUUCUUCUUUUUAGAAGAACCUGGAAUGUACUGUAAUAUCAAAAAAAAGAUUUAAAGACUACAUUUCCAUAAGAGGUGCCUGCACACACUUGAGUUACUCAUCACCCCACAUGUGUCUAUAUGUAUUUAAUACAUACAUAUAUAUAUUAGUCACAGUUCUGAACCUUUUUCCAGGUGAAAACUGUAUAUCAGCUGUUGCAUUUGUAUGAAGUUUACACCAUCUGUUUACACUUUUCUUUUUUUUACGUUGUCCUUCAUCAAUUCAUGUUCAAGCUAUUUUUUUUUCUUCUGUUUUUUUUUGUUGCCAGCCUUUGAAGCUUUGACUUUUCUGUUUAGUUUCAAGGAGAGGAAAGUCGACACAAACAAACAAACAAACAAACAAAAAAAAGGAACUGUUUCAUCGGGUCUGAAGCAGAGACACAUGAUGUCAUUUCUGAUGCUAAUGUAUUUAUUUUUAGGUGGGGAUGAAUGUUUGGCUCUGUAAACAUGUAGAAGAUGGGUGACGACAAAUAAAAUGAAUAACCUUAUGCAUAUUUGGAAGGCAGUUGUACAAAUAUCAGUCAAAUAUUUGCAUGCCUUUUGAACACUAGCACUUUAGUGCAUGUACAUACGAGCUCUAGUCAUUUGUGAUCACUCGGCUCCGCUGUUGGGGGGGAAAAGAAAACACUUGUCGUGAUGGGAACUCUUGAGCUGUUGUUUUUGUUGUCACAUGAUUUGCAUUGACUAAAAUAAGAAGAAUUUUUAAGUGAAUUAUUGUACCUACCAGGCUGUCUUUGUACAGUUGUUACUAUUGGAUAUGAAUUACUUUUUCUUUUGACAAGAAAAAGGGAUUGUGGAAAAAAAUAUGAAUGUUUUAAAUGAAAAGUCUAUGUCAAAAAUGUCUAACGAUCUAUAGUCUUAUGUAAAUACUAAAUGGUAAUAAACAUGAAUGUGUAUUUACAAGA